AUGGUCUUUCGAAUUGAAGUAAAUCUUGGUAAUGGAUUCCUUCUAUUUAAAACAAUGAAACGUAAAUUUCAUCAUAUACAAUCAGUUAAUAAAUUUAAUAUAAAUAAAACAAAACAUAUGAGAUAUUGUCAAAAAUAUUGUACAUAUUGUAGUCCUGAACGAUAUACUAUAUUAAUACAUAAUGAAAAUUUAAAUCAAAUUCAUUAUACAAUGUGUCCAUAUGAUGAAUUAUUAAUUAUGGCUAAAUCAAUUUGUACAAAUUUAAUGCAAGAUAAUAAUAAUAAUAAUCAGAACGAUAAUAAUAAUAAUAAUAAUAGUAUAACAAUUUUAGUUUUAUCGAUAACUUGUGGUAAACUUUCCAACUUUACAAGAUACAAUCCUGUUCUUAUCAAUCGAAACAUCAACACUAGUACCAAUAAAAACAUAAACAACACUACUACUCCUACUAAUAUAAGUAGUACAAGUCAUACAAAAUCAUCAAAUCCCCUAAACACAACAAUCUCUAUAAAUAUUCAAACUAUUAGUAAGACGAUUCAACGAGCUAAACUGGAAAAAGUUGAUUAUAAGCAAUCCAGAACAAAAUCUAAAUGGGGAAUUAUUAAUUUAUCCACGUGUAAUAAUAUACAUUCCGAUAUUUUGAUUGAUCUAAAUACUUCAGUGAAUAGCAUGAACGAUGGAAAAAAGAAUAUUUGUUACACUUAUGAUAAUCAUUAUCAUUACUAUUGUUGUUAUUAUUACUAUUACUAUUAUUGUUAUCAUUAUCACUAUUAUUCAUAUCAAAAAUCACCUUUGUUUACAUCGUUAUGGUCUGAACAUAUCUUGAAUAGUGAAAGUAAAGAUAUUCAGCUGGGUCCAAAAACACCUAAUAUUAAUUGUGACGCUUAUACUCAAAAAUUUAAUAUCACUCAAAACUCUAAUGAAAAGCACACUGGUAAUAUGGAGAAAAUAUUCAUAGAAAACGAAACAGACAAUAAAGAUCUAAAGUUAUCAGUUAAUUUACGUCCGCCAGAACCUGUUGGUUGUCAACUACUACAAAUGAAUUCAGCACCUGUCACGAAAGGAUUGUGA